AGCGAAGAAGCGGUCCACUUAUAGUUCUCACCGCCGGGUACUCAUACCUCCCUCACCGCGGUCAAUACUCACACGUUAGCCAGCAGCUGGGUUUUUUCUCCCUUCUUUGCUCUUGAUUCAAUUCUCUCUGUCUCCUCCCCUCUCUCUCUAACCCUAGAAUCUCAGAAAUUCCCCCAUCCCAAAAAUCAAAAGUUUCUUUCGCUGAUUCGCUGAUCUCUUGAAUUCUUGAUCCGUCGACGGAGGAAUCAGGCUAGGACGUGGAGAGUGUCAAAUUUGGCGGUGGAAUUGAAGAGAAACGUGUUAAAGGAACACUGUUAGAAGUAACUCAUGGCAAGAAUAAAACCUCAAGCACUGCUAGUUCAGAGCAAAAAGAAGAAGGCUCCAUCACGAAUCAGUCUUACUACUAUCAUUGCAUUCAACCUCAUAAUAUUCUUGAUCAUAUUCUCUUUGUAUGCUACAUACAAAUAUUGGUAUCGAAGGCCAAGCAAUCAACCUGACUUGCACUUAAACAACCUUGAGCACUCCGAAGUCUUUGGAGAGCGGAAGAAAUUCGAUCUUCCUAGUUAUGCUAUCUUAAACACUGCAAAAGGUUCAAUAACUGCGGAGCUGUAUAAGGAUGCUUCUCCUGAGGUUGUGGAUAAGUUCCUUGACUUGUGUCAAAAAGGACAUUUCAAAGGGAUGCCUUUUCAUCGAGUAAUCAAACACUAUGUAAUUCAAGGAGGUGACUUCCAAGAUCUUGGGGCUGCAGAGGAUUGGACUCUGAAAGGAAAAGCCCACAGUAAAUUUGCUAUGAGCCCAAAGCACGAGGCAUUUAUGCUUGGAACCACAAAGGCUAAAUCAGAAAGCAAGGGUUUUGAGCUCUUUAUUACAACUGCUCCAAUUCCAGACUUAAAUGACAAACUUGUUGUGUUUGGGAGAGUAAUCAAGGGGGAAGAUGUCGUCCAGGAAAUUGAAGAAGUUGACACUGAUGAACACUACCGGCCAAAGUCCCCCAUUGGGAUUAUCGAUAUCACAUUGAAGCAAGAGCCAUGAGCUGUUCAAACGUUUGCUAUCUACUUGAUAACUCACUGCUGCAUGGUGGUGGCUUUCUCAGAUUCAAGCUCAGCCUUGUUCGAAAGUGUCCCAUGUGGUUGUUCAAAAGUGUUCCUAUGCGGUUCAAAUUUUGACUUAAUGUAAAAAUGUUUUAGCAAUAUUUGAAUUUUUAAAUUGAUGAACAUGAAUACCUGAGAAGAUCAUCAAAUGUUUCGUCCUAGUACAAGUAGCUCGCUCCCAGGGAUGUACUGCAGCUGCUUGGUAAAUUCAUUUCUUUCUGUUCAUGAUUUUA